CCUGCCUCGGCAGAAUUGGCAACAACAGCCUAGGAAGGACACGAGGGGUCCCUUCGCCACAUCACGACGCGAGACGCCUCCGUACACACGAGCAGCCACGAAAGCAGCAGUAUGGGCACAGUGUUGUCAGGCCAAGAGUAUGACCUCGUGACGGGAAUCGCCAUGUGCUUGGUCGGCACGACCAUCUCCAACUUUGGCCUGAACAUCCAAAAAUACUCGUUCAUGCUGCAGGAACGACAGCCAGAACACGACCGAAAGCCGUACAAUACCCAAUGGCGAUGGUGGCUGGGUCUGUUUGGCGUCGCGGUCGGAUCCAUCGCCGACUUUGCCGCGCUCACAUACGCCGCGCAGAGUGUCAUUGCACCCGUGGGCGCGUUCACUUUGGUCGCCAACAUCUUCUUUGCGCACUACUGGCUUCGCGAACGCCUUGGCCGCAACGACCUCAUCGGGACGAUGCUCAUUUGCAUUGGAGCGAUCAUGGUGACUGUGUUUGGGUCUCACUCGAGCACGAGUCACACGUUGGACGAGCUCCUGGCGCUGUACUACCGAUGGGACAUGCUCGUGUACGCCUGUGCCGUCUGCGCAGUGCUGAUCGGUCUCUUCACGGCGCUGGUUCGAUCCGAAGACGCGCUUCGAGUCCACGGCAACCUCUCGGACGAGUACAAAACGUUCCGCAAGAUCCACCCGCUGGCGUAUUCGGGGCUCGCAGGGGUGUGGGGGGCGCAGUCGGUCAUGUUUGCCAAAAGCACGGGCGAACUCAUCAAGCAAACAGCACACGGACUCAACCAAUUCGACAAAGUCCCUAGCUAUAUCAUCUUGGCGUGUCUGGCUGGGACCAUCACCAUGCAGGUAACCCAUGCAAAACGCAUUUGCUUUCCCUGGGCUUGAAGAGCUUUGACGCGCUGUACAUCGUGCCAGUCUUCACGUGCUUUUUCAUCACGUUUUCAGUCCUCGGCGGUGCUGUGUACUUUGAAGAGUUCAAGAGCUUUGGCCUAAUGCAGUGGCUGGGCUUUCCGUGUGGGGUGGUUGUGACCAUCUGCGGCGUCGCCGUCUUGUCCAAGCGAGAUAUGAACCGCCGCGACGUACGGCAACCACUGCUGCCGAAGCUCGGACAAGUAGGAUAUAGCCAGCAAUUGGGAUAAUAAAAUUGCUGCGCGUCGUCGUCCUGCUUCGAUCGCCGCCUUUGUCCGAA